UGAGGGCUCAGACACGUGAUUUUUCCGCGCAUCAAGAUUCGCGGAGAAACUUCCCUCACACCGAAAGCCGCGUUUCGAAGAAAUGGCGGCUGUGGACGAGGCGCCGUCGAGCGGCGGCGACGAAGAAGAGCAUGUCACAGGGGAAUUUGACUUUGACGAAGUGAAUCUGGAGCCCACGGAGCGCGUGGAAGUCGAUGGAGACAACGUCGAUGAGAGCUGGGAGGUGGGCGACGAUAUUUUGGAUGUCGCCCAGCUGGAGAUCGACACCGAGAACUUUGGGGAGCUGAGACUCACGGAGACCGCCAUCACCAAAGUGCAGGCCGGGCUGAAACUCUUGAUCGAGACCGUGGGGUCUGUGGAGGCUGCGGGCGAUGCGAUCUAUAGCACCCUCUUUGAAGCAGCCCCUAGUCUACAGAGCCUCUUCAAAACUCCUCGGGCUGUUCAAGGCAUGAAGUUUGCCAUGAGCAUCGCCAACAUCGUGGCCAAGCUCCGACAACCGGACGAGGUCAAGACCAUCGUAGACCAGCUCAGUUUCCAGCAUAUCACGACGGAAGUGACGAUCCCACGCAUCGAAGUCUUUCGGGACGCCUUGCUGGAGCUUUUUGCCUCGGAGUUGGGAGACGAUGUUUUCACCGACGAUAUCCGAGUGAACUUGGCCAGGAUCUUUCACUACAUGGGCGGUGCCUUCAUAUACGUCCGCAACAACUACUGGACGAGGUUACAGCUGGUGAACCAGUGCUGGGCCUUGGCACACAAGCAGGAAGAGGGAGCUCAGGGCUUUGAGGGCGAUGGCGACGAGGGGGGUGAGCAAUCUCCCAAAAAGGGGUCUGAAAAGAGUGAAAAGGCUGAGAAGUCGCCCAACAAAUCGGGCAAAGGCUUCUGCUGCUGGCGGAAGAAGGAGGAGGAAACAGAGCAGUCAGGGCACCAUCAGGAGGGAGGCAAUGGAGCCUCAGUUGCAGCCUCCAUGACUGCCUCCAUGGAAGAGGGGAAAGGCACCAAGCAUUCCAAGAUGGGAGGCAUCGGCAAGAACAAGGUCCCGACGACCUUCCCGGAGAUGUUCAAGUUCAAUGCCACAGUGAUGGGCUAUGGCCAUAGCGAAUGGAUGGCUCCGGUCUUGGACGUCUUCGACACGAUGGUGGUUCACGCCACCGAGCCUACUCGUGUGAUGGAGGAGGCGGAUGUCCUCUCCAUUGUGCUCAGCAAGGUGAACAUGCGUGGUCACCAGAUCGAGUUCUUGGAAUUCAAAGCAGUGCUUUUGGCGUCCUUGCGCUCCUUGUUGCCAAAGACUUGGAACUCAGAGUGCGAAGUGGCCUGGACUUGGCUUUGGGGAAGCUUCGAACGUAUGCUGAAGGCAAACAUCGGGAAGCCCCAAGUCCAGCAGAAGGCUCUAAGGAAGCUGUACUCCACGAUCACAGAGGAGCAACUGGAGGCUGUCCGCACGGGCAUUUACAAGACCUUCUUUGAGAAAUGUGCGCAGGGACAGGACUACUUCAAGCAGUCCUCUACCCGCUUGCACUUCAUUGCCGAUCGCAUGAUCAAUUUCACACAGGAGAUCUUUAAAGAUCCAAAAGGUGUGAUGACCGACUUGAGUGCCCUUGGCCUGCGUCAUGUGGGCUACGGCAUUCCCACCGAGCUCUUUGGCCCCUUUGUGAGUGCGGCCAUUGAACAGAUCAGGGAGAUCACCAAGGUGCCCGACCAGGAGGAAGCCUUCCGUUGGUCCAUUGGAUUGAUCUCCCGCGUUUUGUGCCGAACCAUCACUGAAGGCUCGACCCUCGUGAUGCGCGCCAUCAAUGCCAACUGCGCGAAGAUGCUGCGGAAGGCCGUCAGCAUCGCUCCCAGAGGGAGUCGUGCAGAGUGCAUGCUGAAGAUCCAAGUGGGAACUCAAUCGAUCUCUCCGCUCCUCUGGAGCAUUCAAAGUGGAAGUCUGGAGGCUGCCGAGGCCAUUUUGCUUGAUCUCCUGACCAUUCGGGCUGAUCGAGAUCACUACUACUACGCCAUGGAAGCGCUCUUCAUCCGGCAUUCGGAUAUCGUGAAGAGGAUUUGCACCGAUGGCCCAGAUCUUUUGCCUACGCUCUUCAAUGGUCUCAUUUGGCGUUCUCGCCAAGCAGAGAACGGUGUGAGGCGGGUGAACUAUUUCAUCAAGUAUUUGAUCGUCGAUGCGAAGAGCGGCUUUUCGGAGUCCUUCAGGGAUGUGGUGGACAACGGAGAUCCCGCCGCCGCCUGUCAUCCCUCGGUGGUGCUCGCCGCAGACCUCGUGUGGUCCCGGCUUGCAUCCUACACCUUUCUCACCAGCAAGCUUUGGUUCUUGCUGAAUUUGUUGGUCUUUGUCAUCACGCAGGCGGUGCUCACAGACUAUAGUGGCGAACAAAGUUCUGCCCAGAUUUUGGCGGUCUUCAUCGGCAGGAUUUUUAUCUACAUCUUUGGCAUGGGACAGCUGAUCCUUCGGCACAUGUACAACUUUUCGAAGAGCUGCAGGGCCGGGGACACACGAAUGAUCGUUUGUAUCCCUGUGCCCGGCUACCUCUUCAGCUUCUCUGAAUGCCUGAGUGCCUUUUUGUGCCUGACCAUGGUAGGUAUGCUGGCACAGGAGCCUUUAUUGCACUGCUUGGGGAAGAACUUGGGCGAUCAGCAAUUCUCGGCGCUGUCUGCGAACUGCAGCACUGGGCUGGAGCUCACAGGGAGCUAUGCCACUUUCGCCUUUUUAGCAACUUUGCUAUAUUUCCUGUUACUCUUGGAGCUCUCCGUGUUCUCCACCAAGCUCUCGACCUUUGUCCUAGUAUGUGGACGCAUGGUGCAAGAGGCUGCUCAGUAUCUUUUCGCCCUGACCUUCGUGGUGAUCACCUUUGCCUGUGCGAUCGCCUCAUCGGACGUCAUGAACGAACAGUUCAUGAACAUUGGCCCGGCCAUGUUGAACCUCUCCCGCAUCAUGCUCGGUAUGUACAGCAGCGAUGAGUAUCAAUACCUGGAGCUUGAACCGAAGCUCUUGAUGUCCAUCAGCGUCUUCGUGAUUUGCACCACCAUCUUCUUGUUCAACCUCCUGAUCGCGCAGCUGAAUUGCGCGUACAUGGGCAUCUUCAAGGACAUGUUGGGCUACGCCAGGCUCAACCGAGGUUCGGUGAUUCUGGAGAACGUGAGCAGAUCCUCCAAGCACCGCUGGACCAAGUUUGUGGAGAGCUUACAGAUGGAUGAGAAGCUGGAGUUCAAUGAGGGCGAUAUUGGCUUGGCCGGUGGCAUCCAGGUCCUGGAGUCGGCCAGCGCCAAUCCGGUGACCUCUGACUCCAUCAAGAGGUACGGUGGCUCGACGUGCCCCACGGCACCGUGGCCUGAAACGGCCAACGAAGUGGACAUUGAGGAUAAGGUGGAUCGCUUGGAGAAGAUCAUCGAAAAGGCGGUAAAGCGGAUCACCAAAGCCAGCAACAAGUCCCAAUCGGGCUCCGGAGCUUCCUCCAUGGCCAGCGGCUCAUCAAGCGGCUCCAGCGGUGGCAUUUGAGUGCAAACGCACCAGAACCUGUGCGGCGCGUCAAAAGGCGUGCGAACGCAAGCCCUGGGCACAGCAAUGAGUGCUCGGUGCAGGGUUCGCCCAAUUGCCAUUUUGAUGCUUGCAGAAGCGAGGGGCUUUGAUCGACAGAGGGAUCAGACGCCUUCAGUUUACAUGUGUCUCCGAGUGAAUCUUCUAUCUCUUCGAUAUGCCAAAGCUUUGUGGGGGAGAGUCUCGUUGGAAGCGACGUGGAAUGUGCUGCAUGCUGAGCGAAAUCAGAGAGCAAGAGGUUUUCCUGGAACCAACUCUGCUAGACUCUGGUAGUGAGCCC